UAUCGAUGGUAUAAAAGCAGCCACGGUGGCAUGACUCUAGAGCAGUUUUGUUGUUACAUCUCACAGCCUCCACAUUCUAUCAAGCCUUAGCCCGACUCUCCCCCAAAACCGGACUAUCCCAACCACCCUCAGUAGCCGCCAAAAUGCCCCACGGAUUCAGGAAGCGGCCCCCCCCGGACAGGCUCGGAGCCGACGCGGAGGCGCGGAAGCAACAGCAGCGACAGCAGCAGCAGAAGGAGGAGCAGAACCAACAGCAGCAGGCGGCCGCACGCCCGAAGCUUCCCAACGAGUACCGGAUCCGGCUGUACUGCACCGACUGCCUCGAGAAGCCGGGCAACGGCAAGUGCAACACGGCAGACCAGCUGACCGCCAGCCUGCCCAACCGCAUGGCGUAUCACGACCCUAACUACACCGGCACCUUCAUAUGCGAAUGGGAGCUGGGCAUCGACUUCUGCUCGGCCAAGGCCAAGACGGCGCCCGUCGUCGCCACCUCCGUCAAGGACGUGCUGGCGCGCGCCGCCGGGCCCCUCAAGCAGCCGGGUGGGACCGCGAAGAGGACGGAGCCGUUCAAGGUCGGUGAUCUGUUGAAUGGCUUGAAGGGGAAGGGGGUGCAGUACAAGACCAAGCCCACCGUUUUUGACUGAGUUGUUGGGUGAUACAUACGAUUGGGUGCCAUGACGAUAGGCCCGGU